AUGUCGAACGAAAAGGCCGUGCAGAUGCCCUCUGUGGCCGCUGCUGCGCCGGCGGAAGAUUCCGACGGUGCCACGCCCGUCAUGGAAGCGCCAGAACCCAAACCAGGACUCGACGGGCGGCCCGCCGACCGUACGGAACCGUACACUCGUAUCACUCCGUUUCAGGAGAAGCAUGAUACCAGCAUAGAGUUCUUCUAUAAGCCCAUCACUUUGACCGCGUUGGGCGCCGGGAUGGGCGUCUUGGCAUACGUCGCGACUACCCAAGAUGUAUUGGAGGAAGGGCGCGACAAGCGAAGAGUCGGUGCAUAUGCAGCAAUUGCUUCGUUCCUUCUGUUCUCCAUGAUUCAGUUCCGGGACGGACCGUUUAUUCGUCCUCAUCCAGCAUUCUGGCGGGUCGUUUUAGGUAUCAACUUGCUCUAUGAACUGGCUAUGGUGUUCCUGCUAUUCCAGGACCUCGAUUCGGCGAGGGCAAUGAUGAAGUACCUGGAUCCUAGUCUGGGGAGGCCCCUUCCUGAGAAGAGUUACGCGGAGAACUGUGACUUAACGCCACAGAAUGUCUGGAACGCUAUCGAUAUCUUUUGCCUUGCGCAUGCGCUCGGCUGGUUUGGCAAAGCGCUAAUCUUGCGCGAUUACUGGUUCUGCUGGAUUCUGAGCAUCGCCUUCGAGUUUGCUGAAUACAGUCUUCAGCAUCAAUUGGCAAACUUUGCUGAGUGCUGGUGGGACCACUGGAUCCUUGACGUGCUUAUCUGCAAUUGGCUGGGAAUAUACCUCGGGAUGAAGAGUUGCCACAUUUUCGAGGUGAAGCACUAUACAUGGCGUGGCCUGAAACAGACGCACGGCUUGCGGUCGAAGACGAAGCGUGUCUUCAGCCAGUUCUCUCCUGCCGACUGGACAACGUUCAAGUGGGAGGGAACAGCUGACUUUGGACACUAUUUUGCGGUCGUUUUGCUGCUCGCCGUGUUCCUUGCUGCAGAACUCAAUCCGUUCUAUCUCAAGUCCCUUCUAUGGAUGGAGCCCGAUCAUCCAUUUGUAAUUGCGCGUCUGGCAGGCGUAUUCCUCUGUGCGCUCCCAGCCGUGAGAGAGCUCUACCAGUAUGUCAAUGACCCAAGGAGAGCUGUCCGCAUGGGGCAGCACGUCUGGCUCUUACUCGCUACCAUAGGAACUGAGCUGCUGGCAAUAACAAAAUGGAGUCAGGGUCAAUUCCCGGCACCUUUGCCGACAGCAGUGAAGUGGGCUUGGACAUUUGGCGCCUGCGUACUUGUCCUGUAUCCGGUCAUCCAGUUCGGUUUGCCGAGUGCUCGGAACUACCUUCAACGCCCGCGGUCCUAUAUCCAGGCCAAGGCAGCAUAA